AUGAGUGAUGAUUUAGUUGAACAGGUAGCGUCAAUUUCGAUGCAGAAGAAUGAUAGUGAUUCAAUAGAUAUAUCAAAAUUAGUCGAUGAAAUUAUUGAAGAUAAUGAAUAUGUGGAACGUAAUACUGAUGGGAAUGAGGUGACGUUGUAUCAGAUUUUAGAUGUUCUUCCUGAUGGUAGGAAGACAAUGAAUCAUUUAUUUUACAGUUCAAUGAUAAUCGAUAAUAAGGAUUUUAUGAAUUUUAAUGAUUGCACAAUUAAUCGUAAGAGUAAAGAGAUGUCAGAUCUAUGGUAUGCUGAGGAGUUACGGGCUACUUCAAGUAUAGCUGCGGGUGCUUUGACUAUGGAGGCUCCUGUUAUGUUCUCUUGGAGUAAUCGAUCUACUUCAAAGUUGAAAAGUGAAGAUAGUGAAACACAAAAAAUUAAUAAAACCAAUGUGAAUAUUUCAAAUGGCCAAACUACUAAUCAAAAACUAUAUAAAUUAGUUUCUGCUGGCUUGAAAGUUAUUGAUAAGAAUUUGAGUAAUUGGACUGAUGACAAUAUAGAUAGGAAUAUAGAGAGUAAUAACAAUGUUGUGAACAAUGAACAUAAUGAUACAAUCGUUGAAUCUAAACCUUGGAAAGAUUCAAAUUUCAGAGUCGAUCCAUUACAACAAUUUGUAGUAACAGAAUUACCUAACAAGAUGAAGGCAAGAGAUGAGCCUAAGAAGAAGGCAAAAAGUAAGAAGAAAGGAUUUUUAUGGUUUUGGGGAGGUAGUAGUAAAAAAUCAUCUAAAUCAAGCAAAAAAAUUACGACUGAAGAUAAUGUCGCCAAAAGUAGUAGAUACGGGGAAGAAUAUAUUAGUGCAAGCGACUUUGACAAUGAUGAGUUAGAAAUUAAUUCGUCCAACACAACCGAACAUAAAUAUCCAAUUAGCGCUGCACCUAAUGAUAAUCCUGAUCUACUUUCUGAUAUAAUAGAUGUUGAUAGUAGCAUAAUCAAACCAUUAGAUAAACGUGAGUCAACCACACCAAUGGUUACGAACACAAUGCCAGAUUUUAAACAAGCCAAAGCUCCAGCUGAAGCCCAAGCUCCAACCGAAGCAUCAGAAAACAAUGAUGAUGACGAUAACGACGAUGACGAUGAUGAUUUUGGAGAUUUCGAAGAAGCUUCUAUUAAUGCACCAUCAAGCAAUGCAUCUGAAAUACACUUAACAAACAAGGAUAAUUUAAUUUCAGCACCCCCACCAUCAAACAACAGCAUCAUAGAUUUAUUCUCUUCAAAGGAAACAAUGACAGAAACGGGUAACAAGUUGGAAACUGAUACCAAAACUCCUUUGAAUUCAAUUGACAUUAGCAUGAAUUCAUUUGUACCAUUACAACCUUCGAAAAAGUAG